AUGGCGUCAGCGUCCAGCAGGAUGGACGCCUUUGCCAUGAUCGGCCCGGUAUUCCUGCCGUUGGCGGUCGGAGCACUAGGCUACGCUGCCUACCGGAUCGAUUGGGUUGAUUUCCUCACGGGACCCGGGAGUGUAUCGCGCAUCCUCCUGGUGCUGUUUGCCGCUUUCAACUGGAAGAACGUCCCGUUCGCAUGGACGUUCCGUGUCUUCUACAGCAUCAUGUACCACUUCUGGGUGCGCAGAUCCCCGUACCUCGGCCCCGAAGCGCUGUUCAAGCCCUUCAUCACGACGACGCACACCCCCAUCCUCGAGAUAGACUACAACCUCCACAAGUCCAACUCGACCUACUUCACCGACCUGGACGUGUCGCGCUCCCACCUGGUCUCGUACCUGUUCCGGCCCUCGCUCGCGCGUCUGACGCACAACGCCCAGAGCCGGCUCGUGCUCGACCCCAAGACGGGCGAGCCCAUCAAGGGCCCGCUCGGCAUCCUCCUGGGUGCCGUGCAGUGCAGCUUCCGUCGCGAGGUGGCCCCGUACCAGCCCUACGAGCUGUGGAGCCGCGUGCUCUCCUGGGACCGCAAGUGGCUGUACAUCAUCACGCACUUUGUGCCCCGCGGCGCCGCCAGGCCCACGCGCUGGCUUGAUCCGGCCUACGGCGGCGUCAAGACCCGCGGCUCCGAGGACGGGAAGCCCUGGGAGGAGAAGAAGCUGAUCGCCACCGCCAUAAGCAAGUACGUCUUCAAGGUCGGCCGCUUCACCGUCAACCCCGCCCUCGUCCUCGACGACGCCGAGAUGCUGCCUGAGCGGCCUGGCGGCUGGACUUCGGGUGACAACCAGGUUGGCGACGAGUCGGCCGAUGUCUCGGACGUUGACCUCGAGCUCCACGACGAUGUGGUUUGGGACUGGCGUCGCGUCGAGGCUCAGCGUCGCAGGGGAAUGGAAAUCGCUUCCCGCUUCCACUCGCUUGAGGAGGCCCACAGUCUGUUUGAUGCCGGCGAUAACGGUGCUCUCAUCCGGGCAUGGCCCAACUAG